AUGGCAAUGGAUUCCUAUCUGAUCCCCCUUGUUUCAUCGAGAGAUCUUGCGCGUCUAAAAGUUGAAGCAAUUGAUCAUAAAACUGAAAUGGUCAACGAUGAUGUGUUUGUGUGGCUAAAUGAAGCAGAGAUACUCAUACAAGAGGUGAAGAAUCUGACGACACGAACAAGAAGAGCAGAUGGCUAUGAACUAUCGAGAUUGGUGCACAAAGUAAUAGCACAUCAAAAGAAAUAUGAAUUAAUUGACCCAUUUUUAAUUCCAAUUCCAAGUUUAGAACACUUCUCUUCAGAAAAUAUUGUGUGCUUUAAUUCUAGAGAGAAGGCAUCCGAUCAACUUUUAACGGCAUUGCAAGACGAUAGUUGCUCUAUGAUUGGGUUGUAUGGUAGAGAGGGUUCUGGUAAAACAACAUUGGUGAAAGCAAUGGGUGAGAAAGUUAAGUAUUUAAAGAUUUUUCAUAAGGUUUUACUUGUCACUAUGAUCCAAAGUCCAAAUAUCAAGACAAUUCAAGAUGAAAUUGCUGACUAGUUGAAUAUUGAAUUCAAUAAAUACACUGAAGUCGGGAGAGCAAUAAUAAUAUCCUCCACAAUAAAAAAUAUGGAUCGUCCAAUACUUGUGAUCUUCGAUGAUGUUCAGGCAAAAUUUGACCCAAAGGAUGUAGGCAUUCCUUGUGAUAGUAAUCGAUGCAAGAUCAUUUUGACCACAUGUUGCAAACAAGAAUGUGACUUUAUAGAUUGUCAAAAGGAGAUUCGACUUGAUCCCUUAUCUAGAGGGGAAGUCUGGACUUUGUUCAAAAUACAUUCAGGCAUUCAUGUUCAAAAUAUCUAGAGGGGAAGUUUGUAUUUCCAAUCUUAGCUCAACUAGGAUCAUCAAUACAAAUUUGUGGAGAGCUACAAAAACAUUCAACCCACAAGAGCAAAUUUGUAGAGGAAAAAAAAUAGAAUCUUUGUGAAUCUAUAAAGCACAAACACUUUUUUUAUUAGACA